CCCCUCUGGUCCGAGUGGGCCCGCCCGCCUUCUUCGGGCGCCCACGGGCGGGCGGAACCAUCCGCGUCGCGGGGAAGGGAGGCCCGUUGAGCUCGGAGACUCCCUCAGCAGAGAAUGGACCAGUCCACCUACCCAUUGUAAACUGGCGGAAGGAGACGGAAGGAUGGCAGCUCGGCGUGUGCUGAAAGCUGUCUUGGUGGAUCUCAGCGGCACACUUCACAUUGAAGACUCAGCUGUGCCAGGCGCGCAGGAAGCUCUUAAAAGGCUGCGCAGUGCUCCGGUUACCAUUCGAUUUGUGACGAACACAACAAAGGAGUGCAAGAGAGACCUGCUGGACAGGCUGACGAAACUGGGAUUUGACAUUGCAGAAAAUGAGAUCUUCACGUCUCUGACAGCAGCCAGAAAUCUUCUGGAGCAAAAGCACGUGAGGCCUCUCCUGCUGGUGGACGAUAGGGCCCUGCCUGAUUUCACAGAGAUAAUCACGGAUGACCCCAAUGCAGUCGUGGUAGGACUGGCUCCUGAGCACUUUCACUACGAGAUGAUGAACAGAGCGUUUCGGCUGAUUUUGGACGGGGCUCCUCUUAUAGCUAUACAUAAAGCCAGAUACUUCAAGAAAAAAGAUGGCUUGGCUCUGGGACCUGGACCUUUUGUAGCUGGGCUGGAAUAUGCGACAGACACCAAAGCAACAGUGGUGGGGAAACCAGAGAAAACCUUCUUUCUAGAAGCUUUGCGGGGAACUGACUGUGCCCCAGAGGAGGCCAUCAUGAUUGGUGAUGACUGCAGGGAUGAUGUUGGUGGUGCCCAGAACGCUGGCAUGCGUGGGAUUUUGGUGAGGACCGGUAAAUACCGACCAGCAGAUGAAGAAAAAAUCAGUCCGGCUCCUUACUUAACCUGUGAGAAUUUCCCGGAGGCAGUGGAACACAUCCUAGAGCAUCUGCUAUAAGAAAGGGAAUAGUUAGUUUGAAAAAACAUGUUUCACAUAAUUUUCUUCACUCUUGCUUCAAAAAUUACAGUCACAGGAUCAAUGCAUGCAUUGCAUCAGAAACCUAGCCGUGAGCUCGAAAGGAUCAGUGUGGGCCCCGGAACGGUUGUCACAAAGCACCUUUCCCAUAGUAGUUACGCGAGGAUGUGGUGAGGGACCACGGAUACCCUGCAGGUGAGGCAGAAAGGCCACAACCAGCACAGCUGCUUUCCUGAAUAACAUAGGGAGCAUGGCAGAGAGUUCUAUAGUUCUGUUUAUUUUCAGUUGUCAAGAAAGAGCUGAUGAAAAGCCCUGUCUGGAAGGUGUCGUGUUCUUUUGCUGAAUAAGCUAAACUGAAAAAACACACUGGAAAUACUCAAGUAAAUAAACCUCAAAGACUAAUAGAA